AGUUGCUUUCACUGCUUCGGACAGCGUCCUCAGAGGCUGAAGUGUCUCAGGUUUUACUUGGAUUUACCCGGGGAUGGAUGGCCACACCAAGGCCAGAUUGCAGAAGUUCAGCAUCAAAGACAGCAGGGGACCGACAUCUUCAGAAAGAAGACUUUUCUUGAUAUUUUGGAGAUCCUUUUUCAGAGAACCUUUCGGGAUGUAGCCUUCACCUGCUUCCUGCAUUUGGUGCCCCAACGCCGUUUGGAAAGCACCAUUCUAAAUUUAUCCUCGUCUGAAUCAUCAUUUCUGAUAGAUGCAGUUGCCUUGUUUGCGUUGUGAUAUUUGAUUGUUUACAGUGUCCCUUGGGCUCACUUUUGAUAGUGUACGUUUUGUUUAGAAUUUGAAAGUAGUGUUCACAGAAAAGGAGACGCAAAGAGAAUACUGGAGGACAUCCAAAGCCGAAGUAGAGGAUAGAACGUGUUUUGGUUUAUUUUUUAAUUAGAAAAAUAAGGAAUUACAGUGUGAUUUUCCCCCUCUUUAACUUAGAGGAACAAGGAUUAUACAGAAAUCAAAAUUUGAACAAGAAAAACGUAAGCUUCACUGGAUUCCCACAUCAAAGAAGAGUUCCCAGCUUUCAGAAAGAGUUCUUGCUUGAAGACAAAGAGCAGCUUGCCAACCACAGAAGAAUUGAUGCUCAGCUUUUCACUGCACUUCCUAAAGUUGCAGAAUUAAGAAAAAUCUUUGAACCAAAGAGGAAAGAAUUUUUAGAAAUGAAAAGAAAAGAAAGAAUCGCCAGGCGCUUAGAAGGAAUUGAGACCGACACCCAGCCCAUCCUCUUGCAGAGCUGCACCGGGUUAGUGACUCACCGCCUGCUGGAGGAAGACACCCCCAGAUACACGCGUGCCACGGACCCGGCCAGCCCGCGCAUCGGCCGAUCAAAUGAAGAGGAAGAAACUUCUGAUUCUUCGUUAGAAAAGCAGACUCGAUCCAAACACGCCCCGGACCCCCCGGGCGUCCAUGGCGACGCCCCCUGCGGUUCAGGGAUCAUGGACACCCAGAGCCUUGAGUCCAAAGCCGAACGAAUCGCAAGGUACAAAGCAGAGAGGAGGCGGCAGCUGGCAGAGAAGUAUGGGCUCACUCUGGACCCGGAGGUGGACGCCAAGCCUCCAUCCCGGUACACCAAGGCCAGGAAGGACCCCGAGGCCAUUGAGAAAAGGGGAGGAAAAAGUGACCGAUCAGCCGAGUCAAGCAAAGAUUUGGGCUCUUCCUACUCCAGGACUGAGAUCCCAGGGCUCAGGACCAGUGUAGCCGAGUCCAAGGACUAUGCCCUCCACCGGGGUGAUGGGGUUUCCGACACAGAGGUGCUGCUCAAUGUAGAAAACCAAAGACGAGGUCAGGAGCCCAGUGCCGCUGGGCCAGCCCGAGACCUGCUUCCCCCGGGGGAGAGCUCCUCAUCCUUCUCAUUCUCUGGGCGAGACAGUGCCCUCAGCGAAGUGCCAAGGUCCCCAAAGCAAAUGCACAGCGUGCCCAUCCCAUCGCCGGGGCAGCCGGCCUCCCCCAGCCCCUCCACUGGUGACCUGCCGCUCCCUGCCGAGGCUCGACCCAGUACCGGGAAACCCAAGCAUGAGUGGUUUCUCCAGAAAGAUUCCGAAGGGGACACACCUUCACUUAUCAACUGGCCUUCCAGAGUUAAAGUUAGAGAAAAAUUGGUGAGAGAGGAGAGCGCUCGCAGCAGCCCUGAACUUGCCUCCGAGUCCUUAACUCAGAGGAGACAUCAGCCCGCCCCAGGCCAUUACCUGUCCUUUCAGUCAGAAAACUCCGCCUUUGAUAGGGUCUCGAGCAGGGUGGCCGGCUCUGCCCGACAGCCCAUCCGUGGCUAUGUCCAGCCAGCAGACCCCAUCCACACCAUCACUCUGGUGACCUCGGACACCCCAGAGGACAUAUCUGAGUGUAGCUGGGCGGAGCCAGCCAGCCACGCUGUCACAAUGCCUCCCACGGCGAAGGUUCUAGAAGGUGAGAGACGGGACACCCCUGAUCUCCAUAUUUGUGAAACAAAAGCAGAGGACGAGCUGCUCUUCUCCGAAGCUCUUGAGCAAAGCAGGAAAACGUUUCUGGCUUCAGAGGAUCGCGGGCUCGAGAGAAGCCCGGAAGAACCCUCUGGAACCGAGGACUCUGGUAAGCCUGUUAUUGGUACCAUCACCAUGGAAACGCAGAAGGAGCCAGAAAGCCUGGCCUGCCCGCCUCCACCUCAGCACCAGCCCACCGAGAGGAUGGGCAGGAGCGAAAUGGUGGUGUAUGUUCAGAGAGAGGCCGUGUCCCAAGAUGCCAGGGUGACGGGUCACAGAAAGGACACACCUGCCAGGAAGCACAAGGUCCUCACCCGCUCCCUGUCCGACUACACGGGCCCCCCUCAGCUCCAGGCCCUGAAGGGCAGGGACCCCGCUUCCAGGGGAGACCCGGAGCCGCAGAGGUCCAAGGCUGAGGUGGAAAUGGGCCUGCUGGACACGAAGGUCUCUGUCGCCCAGCUCCGAAACGCGUUCCUGGAGUCAGUCCGAGCCAGCGAGAAACCCGAGCUCCGCUCACGGGUUGAGAGGCCAAGCGAAGGAGCUGGCUUGCCUACCAGUGUGGAACGGGAGAGAGGGGCCCGGAAACCAAGACGCUAUUUUUCUCCUGGUGAAAGUAGAAAGACUUCUGAGAGAUUUAGAACUCAGCCCGUAACCUCAGCAGAACGAAAGGAAUCGGAUAGGUCUACUUCGCAUCCAGAAAUGGCACCUGCCGACGAUGAAGAAAAGGUCGAUGAGCGAGCCAGGCUGAGCGUUGCCGCGAAGAGGCUGCUUUUCAGGGAAAUGGAAAAAUCAUUUGAUGAGAAGAACGUUCCGAAGCGACGCCCCAGGAAUGCGGCCGUGGAGCAGAGGCUGCGGCGUCUGCAGGACAGAUCCCACACCCAGCCGGUCACCACCGAGGAGGUGGUCAUUGCAGCCACUGAACCUCUCCCUGCUCCGUGCUCUGUGGCCACCCGCCCCGUAAAGGCAAGACUUCCUAGUGUCACUGUAGCUAAGAGCCCCGUGCAGCCCGCCAGGUUGCAGGCGUCUGCUCAGCAGAAGGCGUUAGCCAGAGACCAGGCAAACGAGGGCGAAGGCUGUGCUGAGCCAGGGGAACCUGAUUCCUCCACUCUGAGCCUCGCGGAGAAGCUGGCCUUGUUUAACAGACUGUCCCAGCCAGUCUCCAAAGCGAUCUCUACGCGGAACAGAUUAGACGUGAGACAGAGGAGGAUGAACGCUCGCUAUCAGACCCAGCCGGUCACGCUUGGAGAGGUGGAACAGGUACAAAGUGGGAAGCUCAUUCCCUUCUCACCCCCUGUGAACACAUCUGUGUCCACCAUGGCAUCUGCUGUCACUCCAAUGUACGCAGGGAGUCUUCGGACAAAGCCAUCGGUGGAUGAUAGCUCCAGUGCCACUGAGCAUAAAUUUCCGUCUUCGAUAGAAAAUUCAGACUCUCCAGUGAGAAGCAUCUUGAAAUCCCAAGCCUGGCAGCCUUCGGUAGACGGUGGUGGGAGCAAAGGACUGUUGAGAGAAUUUGAAGAGAUGGAAAGCAAGGGUGUCUUGACUGGUGGAGUCGUUGGGGUUACAAAGUACGAGUCCUUUGCAGAAGCAGAGCUGUCCUGCCCCACCCUUAGCGGAGUCCGGGAAGGGGACAGUCCUAAAGAAGCCAUGUACACUGUUCUGAGAAAGGGAAGCCUGGAGUUCACUCACCCUCCCAUUGCCCAUCUUGGUGAUGAAAUGGAGGAAUUUUCCACUGCAAGAAGCCCCAUGCAAGGGAGCCCAGACUCCAAGCACAGGCAGCUCUUUGAAGAGAAGGUGGACUUAGAGGAUGUCACGAAGAGGAAGUUUUCGCUGAGAGAAGCAGAGUUCGGGGAGCCCACUUCUGAGCAGACAGGCACAGCUGCUGGGAAAACCGUUGCUCAAACUGCAACCCCCGUGUCCUGGAAGCAGCCUGACCCCUCGGAACAGCUGGAGAAGCACCACAGGAGUCCGUGUGCCAUGUUUGCAGCUGGAGAGAUCAAAGUACCAGCAGUGGAGGGCAUCCUCGACUCCCCCAGCAAAACCAUGUCCAUUAAAGAAAGGUUAGCACUGUUGAAGAAGAGUGGAGAGGAAGACUGGAGAAACAGACUGACCAGAAAGCAGGAGUAUGGGAAGGCAUCGGUCACCAGCGGCCUGUGCAUCCAGGAGACGGAACAGUCUUUCAGGAAGAAGGAAGAAGGAGGAUUUUCAGAUGAUAAUGACAUUUCUAACCUGCUUUGGGAACCUGUCUAUGCUUCUACUUAUUCUCCUGCUCUUCCUGCCGCCCAUAAACACCUGUCUUUUGUAUCUAUUAAUCAGCGGGUCACAGAGAGUCGAGAGAGUCAGAUGACCAUUGAAGAGAGGAAGCACCUCAUCACCGUGAGAGAGGAUGCCUGGAAGGCGAGGGGCAAAGGAGCAGCCAACGACUCCACGCAGUUCACCGUGGCUGGCAGGAUGGUGAAGCGAGGCCUGGCAUCACCCACUGCCAUCACCCCAGUGACGUCCCCCAUUGGCAGUAAAACAAGGGGCACCACUCCAGUGUCCAAACCCCUGGAAGACAUCGAAGCCAGACCAGACAUGCAGUUAGAAUCAGACCUCAAGUUGGACAGGCUGGAAACCUUUCUAAGAAGGCUGAAUAACAAAGUUGGGGGGAUGCAGGAGACUGUCCUCACCGUCACCGGCAAGUCUGUUAAAGAGGUGAUGAAGCCAGACGAUGAUGAAACCUUUGCCAAAUUUUACCGCAGCGUGGAUUCCACUGUGCCGAGAAGCCCCGUGGAACUCGACGAGGACUUCGAUGUUAUUUUUGAUCCUUAUGCCCCCAAGUUGACAUCCUCUGUGGCCGAGCACAAGCGUGCGGUGAGACCCAAGCGCCGGGUUCAGGCUUCCAAAAACCCCCUGAAGAUGCUGGCCGCCAGAGAAGACCUCUUGCAGGAAUACACUGAGCAGAGACUAAACGUGGCCUUCAUGGAGUCAAAGCGGAUGAAAGUAGAAAAGAUGUCUUCCAACUCCAGCUUCUCAGAGGUCACUCUGGCGGGUUUGGCCAGCAAAGAAAACUUCAGCAACGUCAACCUGCGGAGUGUCAACCUGACCGAACAGAAUUCCAACAACAGCGCAGUGCCCCACAAGAAGCUGAUGCUGCUCCAGGUUAAAGGAAGAAGACACGUGCAGACAAGGCUGGUUGAGCCCCGAGCUUCGUCCCUCAACAGCGGGGACUGCUUCCUCCUGAUCUCCCCCCAUCACUGCUUCCUGUGGGUCGGGGAGUUUGCAAACGUCAUAGAGAAGGCGAAGGCCUCAGAACUUGCGACUUUAAUUCAGACCAAGAGGGAACUUGGGUGUAGAGCUACUUACAUCCAAACUAUCGAAGAAGGAAUCAAUACACACACUCAUGCGGCCAAAGACUUCUGGAAGCUUCUGGGUGGCCAAACCAGUUACCAGUCCGCUGGAGACCCCAAAGAAGAUGAGCAGUACGAGACGGCCAUCAUAGAAACCAACUGCACUUACCGUCUGAUGGACGACAAACUCGUCCCUGACGACGACUACUGGGGCAAGAUUCCCAAGUGCUCCCUCCUGCAGUCCCGAGAGGUACUGGUGUUUGAUUUUGGAAGCGAAGUUUACGUCUGGCAUGGAAAAGAGGUCACACUCGCACAACGGAAGAUAGCAUUUCAGCUGGCAAAGCACUUGUGGAACGGAACCUUUGACUACGAGAACUGUGACAUCAACCCACUGGAUCCCGGAGAGUGCAACCCGCUCAUCCCCAGGAAAGGACAGGGGAGGCCUGACUGGGCAAUAUUUGGGAGACUUACAGAACACAAUGAGACGAUUUUGUUCAAGGAGAAAUUUCUCGACUGGACGGAACUGAAGAGACCCAAUGAGAAGAAUGCCAGUGAACUUGCCCAGCAGAAGGAGGACCCGAGGGUGGAGGUCAAGCCCUACGACGUGACGCGGAUGGUGUCCAUGCCCCAGACGACGGCCGGCACCGUGCUGGACGGGGUGAACGUCGGCCGGGGCUACGGCCUGGUGGAAGGGGCCGACAGGAGGCAGUUUGAGAUCGCCAGCGUCUCGGUGGACGUCUGGCACAUCCUGGAAUUCGACUACAGCAGGCUUCCCAAGCAGAGCAUCGGCCAGUUCCACGAGGGGGACGCCUACGUGGUCAAGUGGAAGUUCACCGUGCGCACCGCAGAAAUUCACUCUCUUUUAUUGAAAUGCAAGAAGAAAAUUGUGGGAAGCCAGCAGCGGGGGGAGCAUCCGGCGAGGGUGGCUGGCAAAGAGAAGUGUGUCUAUUUCUUCUGGCAAGGCCGGCAGUCGACUAUCAGUGAGAAGGGCACGUCGGCCCUGAUGACGGUGGAGCUGGAUGAAGAAAGGGGAGCCCAGGUCCAGGUUCUCCAGGGAAAGGAGCCCCCCUGUUUUCUGCAGUGUUUCCAGGGGGGGAUGGUGGUCCACUCCGGGAGACGGGAAGAGGAGGAAGAAAACACACAAAGUGGGUGGAGGCUGUACUGCGUUCGUGGUGAAGUGCCGGUGGAGGGGAACUUGCUGGAGGUGGCCUGUCACUGCAGCAGCCUGAGGUCCAGGACGUCCAUGGUUGUCCUCAACGUAAACAAAGCCCUCAUCUACCUGUGGCACGGAUGCAAAGCCCAGGCCCACACGAAGGAGGUCGGGAGGACUGCAGCCAAUAAAAUCAAGGAACAGUGUCCCCUGGAGGCAGGACUGCACAGUAGCAGCAAAGUGACGAUACAUGAGUGUGACGAAGGAUCGGAGCCCCUGGGGUUCUGGGACGCUCUGGGCAGGCGAGACCGGAAAGCCUAUGACUGCAUGCUGCAGGAUCCUGGAAAUUUUAACUUCACACCCCGCCUGUUCAUCCUCAGCAGUUCCUCUGGUGAUUUCGCAGCCACGGAGUUCAUGUAUCCUGCCCGAGACCCCUCUGUGGUCAAUUCUAUGCCCUUCCUGCAGGAAGACUUGUACAGUGCACCGCAGCCAGCGCUCUUCCUGGUUGACAAUCACCACGAGGUGUACCUCUGGCAAGGCUGGUGGCCCACGGAGAACAAGAUCACCGGCUCGGCGCGCAUCCGCUGGGCCGCGGACCGGAAGAGCGCCAUGGGGACGGUGCUGCGCUACUGCCGAGGAAAAAGCGUCAAGAAGCCGCCGCCCAAGUCUUACCUUAUCCAUGCGGGUCUGGAACCCCUGACCUUCACCAACAUGUUCCCCAGCUGGGAGCACAGAGAAGACAUCGCGGAAAUCACGGAGAUGGACACAGAAGUUUCGAAUCAGAUCACACUGGUGGAGGACGUGUUAGCCAAGCUCUGUCAAACCGUUUACCCACUGGCCGACCUCCUCGCCAGGCCACUGCCUGAGGGAGUUGAUCCUCUAAAGCUUGAGAUUUAUCUCACCGACGAAGACUUCGAGUUUGCACUGGACAUGACACGCGACGAGUACAACGCACUGCCCGCCUGGAAGCAAGUGAAUCUGAAGAAAGCGAAGGGUCUGUUCUAAGUGACGGGAUGCUGGAGGACCCCUUGUCACUUUCCUUACCGCUGGGCAGGGAAGUGGAUGUCUUAGGGGGGUAGCAGGGGGAGCUGGUACUUUAAAAAUAUUUUUUCAUCUGAGUUUUUGAAAACCUGACAUGACUGGCUCUCCUGCUCGUUUUGGAGCUGUGUAUUUUGUAAAUGUUUCAGAGAACUCUUUAGAAACACUCUUUCCACGAGAUCCGGCAGGUAAUGGUAACAAAGCAUCCGUAUGCCUAUUUUUUUUUGAAGCUGUUCUCUUUAUAAAGUGUUAUUUUGAUAGUUUGUGGAUUCUAAAAAAUAUAUAUAUUUAUAUAAACACCAUAUAAAUCAAAUAUGUAUUUAACGAAGCAAUAUGUAUUCAUUCACUUUUAAGGCUUUUUUUUGGUGUCAAAAAUAAUAUUAAAAGGUAGAUGGAGUCGCUUCUGUUGAAUUAGUUCUGCCAGCGCCACGUACCUUCACACAUGUUCAGGGGCAUCUCCCUCGCUCUGAGUGCUGCUUCUGGUGCUAAAAUGAACAAAGAAUUUAUACUUCCUGGCAUGGGCUCUGAAGAAUCCAUGCGAAUCCACCUCUGUACCUUAAUAUCUCCCCCUCAGUGUAUAGUGCCUUGUUGUAUGUACAGUUUAUAUACAGAAAAGUUUGCUCUGCAUUUUUUGGACGAUGGUUUGGAACAUUAUCUACAGUUUUACUCUAAAAUAGUGGCGAUUAAAAAAAAAACUCAAUUUCUAAUACCUGUUGUAAACAUUAAACGUGUCAUUUUGCAAUAGAGGACUCCAAAAUAAAACCUUCAGAAUAAAUACGGCAAUGAAUUGAUUGGUUCA